GCCACAUUUCUGGCCCCCGACGUCAGAUCGGCCAAGAAGUUUGCCUCUGUGAUGUCGUUCCUGGACGGGUCCCCCAGAACGUUCAUUCGAGACCUGAGCGUGUGCCCUCUAGACACCCAAAGGAACGAUGAGCAUGGCGGUGAUAAGUGCACCGCGCCUGUCUCAACCACGGUGGCCACCAAGUACAACGCGUAG